UCAUCUACGAUCAGCCCUUAUCGUUGAAUACAUUCUCAUUACGUAGUGCAAUGGGUGCGUAUUAUUGCUGUACGUAAACCUAUAUAUAAAUUAUAUUAGAUAUAAUGUUUAUAUAUUGCAAACAAAGUGUGCAAAAGAAGUUAGUUUUCAACGAAACACUAUAAAAAUAGAGUAAUUCGACAAAUUGUAGAUAACGUACAUAACAUUAAAACAGUUCUCAUGGGACUGUCUUCAUAAACAAGGCGCCAUGAUUUUCUUGCAACGCCAUAAUACUGUUAUACGACAUUUCGUUCUUUCUAUGAUAAAUAUUUAUAAUUAAAACUACAUGUGAGAUAUGAACGGAAUCAAUUUUGUUUCAUAUAUUUCUAUGUAUUACAAUAAUUUUUAGCUGUUUAAUUUUGGUGAGUACAUAAAGAAGAUUAUGAAUACUUAUUAAAAUUCUGAAAGUUUUCGGUACUAUUGCUUAUUGUAAAUACCCUGAUUCUACCACAAAAAGGAGUGAAAAAGAUAGAGAUUGGAAGACAGAAAAAUUGUAGUGAAAGAAAAGAGAAAAAAGAAAUAUUAUGUAUAUUGUGAGUGACUUUUAUAUUAUAAAAAAAUUUGCUUAAAUAUUUAUCGAGUUCAUAAAAUUGUUGUCAUUAAGAAACGAUAAAGUCAAGGUGGAAAUCGAUAAAUUCAUAGAUAUUUUUAUUUGAUUGUCAUGGCGAGAGAUUGGCGUCAAGAAUGUGGUAACAAGAGUGGGAGACUAUAGUAAAAACAAUGCUGGAUCGCUAAGCAAGUUCUACUAUUUUUAACAUGGAUGAUGAAGAAGGAUCAUCAAGUUCAGGACCUAUGUCUUCAUUGAAUAGUUUAUUUUCAUUUACUAGUCCUGCUGUAAAAAAGUUGCUUGGUUGGAAACAGGGUGAUGAAGAAGAAAAGUGGGCAGAAAAAGCAGUUGAUUCAUUAGUAAAAAAAUUAAAAAAACGAAAAGGUGCAAUUGAAGAAUUAGAACGGGCAUUAAGUUGUCCAGGCACUCCUAGUAAAUGUGUAACAAUUCCAAGAAGUUUAGAUGGUAGAUUACAAGUUUCUCAUCGUAAAGGUUUACCACAUGUAAUUUAUUGUAGAGUGUGGAGAUGGCCAGAUUUGCAAUCACAUCAUGAAUUAAAACCAUUAGAAUUAUGUCAAUAUCCCUUUUCUGCUAAACAAAAAGAAGUUUGCAUCAAUCCUUAUCAUUAUAAAAGAGUGGAAAGUCCAGUAUUACCACCUGUAUUAGUUCCUAGGCAUUCAGAAUACGCACCUGGACAUUCAUUGUUACCAUUUCAACAAAUAGCAGAACCAACAAUGCCACACAAUGUAUCCUAUUCUUCUAGUGGAUUUAAUGCUGGAUCUACUGGUGGUGUAAAUCCAACAUCACCUAUGUCAUCUGUUGGAUCUGUUCCAAGUCCAGGAAGUACAACAUCACCAAAUCCACAAAGUCCAUAUGGUACUAAUGGAUUACCAGAAACUCCUCCUCCAGCAUAUUCUCCUCCUGAAGAUGGUUCACAAUCUGGUCAGUCACCGCCACCUGAUCCUGUAGCUAUGGAUACAAGUGGAUCAGCUGAAGUAGCUCCAGUGUGUUACCAAGAACCACCUUAUUGGGCUUCUAUUGCAUAUUAUGAAUUAAAUUGUAGAGUGGGUGAAGUUUUUCAUUGCCAUUCCCAUUCUGUUAUUGUGGAUGGCUUUACAAAUCCAAGUAAUAAUUCUGAUAGGUUUUGCCUUGGACAGUUGUCCAAUGUAAAUCGUAAUUCUACUAUUGAAAAUACAAGAAGACAUAUAGGCAAAGGAGUACAUUUAUAUUAUGUAGGUGGUGAAGUUUAUGCAGAAUGUCUUUCUGACUCUGCUAUAUUUGUACAAUCUAGAAAUUGUAAUCAUCAUCAUGGAUUUCAUCCUAGUACAGUUUGUAAGAUCCCACCAGGAUGUUCAUUGAAAAUAUUUAAUAAUCAAGAAUUUGCACAAUUACUUUCACAAAGUGUUAAUCAUGGUUUUGAAGCAGUUUAUGAAUUAACAAAAAUGUGCACUAUAAGAAUGUCAUUUGUUAAAGGAUGGGGUGCUGAAUAUCAUAGACAAGAUGUUACAUCCACUCCUUGUUGGAUUGAAGCACAUUUACAUGGACCUUUACAGUGGCUAGAUAAAGUGUUAACACAAAUGGGUUCUCCUCAUAAUGCUAUAAGUUCUGUAUCAUAAUUUGUGCUUUAUGUUUAAUAGCAAGGAGAGAAAAUAGUGAAAUGUAGGAAAAACUUAAUGAUUUAAGAACACUUUUUAAUAUUAUAUAAGGCCAUAAUAAAUUAGAUAUCAUAAGAAAUUUAUGAAAAUAUAAUGAGAAUGAUAAAUGAGAAAUUACUAUCUUAAUAUGAGACUUCUCAUGUGAAAAAAAUAAAGUUAAUAAUAUGAUUAUAAAAAUAAGGAUUGCAAACGUUCACAAUUAUUAAAAGUAAUCCUUAAUAAUGAAAUUUCGAAAAUUGAAGUGUACACGUACAAGCUGUACAAUUUUUUGGCUGUUAAAUAGGAAAAGAAUUAUAGCAAAAAAUAUAUGUUAUAUAUAAUA